UCCAGCCAAUCAGAUCGCAGGAAAGCGAGGCACAGUUUCCGGCCUGAUGAACGAAAACACAGCUGAAGACUGAAAGACGAAGAGAAGAAGCGGAGAUUCAAGAACUAUUCACCGUCGCAGCUUUCUUACGUUCAUCUGUAAUUUACCUGAGACAGACAUGACAUCUGUUUGCUGAACUGGUCCGCCUUAAGCCACAGCUAGCACCAAACAUUGGUGUGCAACUUCCCAGCGAAUCAGACUGACCCCCCACCACCAUGGAAACAGAAACAGAAGUCAUUCCCAUCUGGCAGAAUAAGCCCCAUGGAUCCACCCGUAGUGUUGUGAGAAGAAUAGGUUCUACUCUCCCACUCAAACCUCCACAAAGAGCAUGUUUCCAGGAACUACCAGGCCUGCCCUCUCUUCGGCCUAUGACUGGCCCUAUGGUUCCUACGUUGGCAGACAUAGCCUGGAUUGUUGCAGAUGAAGAGGAGACCUAUGCUCGAGUACGGAGCGACUCACGUCCUCUAAAGCAUGAAUGGCGGCCCACGCCCCUGCUGGUGCUCCACAGGAACUCAUCUGUGCCCAACUUCCGCCGUGAGGGCAAAAGGAUGGAGGGACUGAAGAAGCCCGGGGCCACGGCGCUAAAUCGAACAACAGCCCUGCAGGACGAGCUCAGCAGACUCCGAUCACAGAUUGCCAAGAUUGUGUCAAGCGAUUCUGGCUCCAACCCCCUGACUCCUGAUCUGCUCUCCCCCGACGACACGAGUAUGAGCUUCUCCAUGGCGCCUUUCGAGACAGCAUCCUUCCCGCCGGCUGCCACCGCUGCUGCCUCCUUUGUCAUCAGUGACGUCACAGAGGAGGAAGAAGAGGAAGAGGAAGAUGAAGAUGAAAAAGAUGUGGUCUCUGUGGUGUCAGAGCUGGUUCCUGACCCACCUGCUUCCAUGACGGCAUCAGCAACCUUUGACCUGGACAGGCCCAGCAUGGACUUCCGGGAGGCUGAAGAGGACACGGUGUCGCUGUCAAAGUCCACCAGCUUUGCUGACGUGAUGGACAUUCUGAAGGACAUGAACCGCAUGAAGAUGAGCAAAGACAGGUACAACAGAGGCUGUACGUCCCUGAGAGAGGAGGACUCUGCAAUUCUGAUCUCAGAGGCUUUGAGGAAAAAGUUUGUCUUGAAGGAAGAAGAUUCAGCUGCUGUGAAUCGGAAGUAGCCCGAUCGCAUGUUUGUCAUCACCACCCGAUCCUGCUGUUCAAUGCCUUUGCCUGUGGAGUAUGUACCCAUGGAUCCACAACCUUGCUCCUCAAACCCAAGGCAAUAGCUGUCCGCCAGAGAUAAGACAAAAAACACUUUGUCCCAGACUUUCACAACCAAAUGUGAACUUCACAGUGCAGUACGAGGGGGAACAGUCCGCUCUUGAUAACAAUAAUCUGUUUCAGCACUGCAUCGCAUACUGCAUUCAUUGUAAUUCCCCCUGGAAAAAAAAAGGCUUAUGUUCAAACCUAUUUUCAAUAACGACUCAACAGACUGGUGCCAGUGCUGUCCAGUCAUGUGGUCUGUGCAAAUGUGGGGUGUCGUGUCAUAAAAAGGUGCUGAAGGAUGCGCUGAAAGAUGCAAAUAGUUGUUUUUGUUGUUGAGUCCUCUAAAAUACUUGAACAUAUUUCUCCAGAUGAAACCAGUCUAAUGCACUUGCAGAGGUGUGUGUGUGUGUGUGUGUGUGUGUGUGUGUGUGUGUGUGUGUGUGUGUGUGUGUGUGUGUGUGUGUGUGUGUGUGUGUGUGUGUGUGUGUGUGUGUGUGUGUGUGUGUGUGUGUGUGUGUGUGUGUGUGUGUGUGUGUGUGUGUGUGUGUAAAAACAAGUUAUAUUUACCUUUGCUGAGUUUCCAAAUGUGCACAGCAUCGUGUGCGUCGCUUGUUCCACUGCACCUCUUAUGCCUGUCUGCUUGUGUGUGAAUAGCAUAUAGAGUGACAGUCACUCAAACUACAGGGCACUAUUUUUUAUUUUAAUCCCAAACUAAAAAACAUUGAUGAUAUAGUUUGAGGUGUGAACUCUGUUGUGUAUAAAUCAAUGGAUGUGUGUAAUUUAACAGUGCACCCACUUGUGUUUGCAUCUUUUUUGUAUUUCCAGUAAAGGCAACAAUGGAUACAAGCAUCCGCAGGUCUUUUAUAUAGUAACUUCCUCUUGUGUUUAAAACAUGCUAAUUGGUAGAUGAGCUAUUUGCAAAGGUGCGAUCACACAUACACAAAUGUGACAAACCUUCGCCUUCCUUUCACUUCCAGUCUGCCCCGAUCUGUGCGAGUGAGGGGGUGAUUAAAACAUGUGUGGCUUCGUGUGGGGUUCAGCUUUGGUGACCCAUGAUAUUCUCUCCGCAUUUGCGUAUAUGAGACCGUGCCCAUAAGCAGUUUUCAGAAUGAACUCUGUGAAAUGUGCGGGAAAAUUGUCUCCGGACUUUUUCAGACGUUGCCUUUUUCGCAUAUGAAGAACGCAGCAGGAGAUUGUGUGGGUCAGACGCUCUCGAAUCUCAUUGUCUUUCCAACUUGUUAUCUUUGGUGGCGUCUUCUACAUGAAUGGCACUUAAUUUUCAUCAUAAGAUAAUUGUAUUGUCAAAUUUUUUGUGUGUCACUCUCACUCUGACAUUUUGCAGACAUUUUACUGGGGGGACUGGCAGGGAAAGUUCCAGGAAAUAUCCGGAACAACUGACUUUGACAGUGUGUUCUCACACGCAGCCCCCUCGCAAAACUUCAGGAAAAUGUCCAGAUUUCAGUGCAUGUGUGAAAGCAGCUUUACAAAGCUUUCACAUCAGUGUGUUUGUGUGUGUGUGUGUGUGUGUGUGUGAGUGUGUGUCACAAUGACUAUUGUUGUUGACGCCUUACCGCAGAUCUAUUGCCUGUUCCAAUGCCUCAUUUUAUUCCCUUAUUAGCUCCAAGUGCCAAGGGUUUGUUUUAAUCAGCCCACCCGUCAACGCCUGACCCUUUUUCUUUUCUUUUCCUGAAUGUGCCCUCCAGUUCCACAUGUCUUCAUCCAAACAAUGAACGACUUUGUUAAGAAUCAGCUGCGAGUGUUUGUUUAUUGUUAAAAGUUUGUUAAAAAUUACAACUCACAAAAAACCUACUUGCUGUUUUGUCUCCGUUUACUUCAACCCAUGUCACUCCUAUGUUUCAUUUAUCAUGUGUUUUCCUACACGACUGAGAAUCUUAUAGUUUAGUUUUGCAGUGUGAAAAGUAACUACUUAUGUAUGUGUUGAGCAAGAAGGUGCCCAUCUGUGUGUCAUUGUAUUUCGUGAAGUUGAAAUUUUGUUUUGUCUUGGUGGAAUUUACCCUCAAUAAUUCCUCCGUUCAUUUCCUGAUCAGUCAAAGUGGCGAAAGUUAACAACCGAUGAGCUGAAAUACAAAAUGCAAGUUUAAAUUUGUUCAUCCUAUGUCUGUACUUGAGAUGGUGACAACCGCAACCAACUGCAUCUCUGUUCCAGAUCAAAAACUGAAGGGAAAAUUGAGGAUUUGACUGUUUCUGUGUGUCACUUUGAGCAUUUGUCACCAUCGUACCUCUGUAGGGUUCAACCCACCACCUGUAUGUUAAUUUUUUUUUUAUUAUGUAUGGACUUGUAAAUAAAGAUGGGCUGAGGUUUUGAAA